AUGGCGAUCAGCCCGCAAAUUACCAACCUGGUCAUUAUCCUUGGUUUCAUGCAAAUUUCCAAGAAGAUUCCUUUCGAUGACCCGAAUGUCCUCAAUGGUGUGCGCGCACUCUACAUUGUGUCCAACAUCAUCAUUGCCAGUGUCUACUUCUACGUCCAGGCACAAAUCAACAAGAAGAAUGACAUGACGGUCGUCAAAUACGUCGAGCCUGCGCCGAUGGGUUCCGGCGAAGAGCCCAAGUUUGUCGCAACUACGGUCAAGGCCUACGAUCUCCAGAAGUUGCGCGAGCUCUUCAAGGCUCAACUCAUGGGUGUUGGAAUGAUCAUGAAGCACUGGUGCAUGAUGGUGCUAUGGGUGGUGGCGAGAUCAGACGACAAGAAGAGCAUUGAGCUGCCGAGCGUGCUGCCGUGUGGUGUCAAGGACGAGUAG